GCUAGUGCAAGUAUGAUGUCCGCCGUUGAUUUCGUAUCUAGGCAAGUCUUUUGUAACAUUCCGACGCCGGACGUGAAAUACCACGCGGGAGGGAACCCGUACCAGUUCCACCUGUGCGGCACGAGCUUCUCUCUCGGAGGAGGCAACAAGAUGCACAUGAACGCCUUCUCCUCCGGAAAGAAACCCUACAACUGCGACAUAUGCGAGCGUGCCUUCUCCCGGCGGGGAGACCUCAAGACGCACAUGAGAACGCACACGGGCGAAAAACCGUACAAGUGCGACGUGUGCAAGCGCGCGUUUUCGCGCCGCGGCGACCUCAACACGCACAUGAGGACGCACACGGGAGAGAAACCGUACGCGUGCGAGGUGUGCAAGCGCGCGUUCUCGCGGCGCGGCGACCUGACGCGACACGUGCGCACGCACACGGGAGAGAAGCCCUGCAAGCUCGACCUCGCCGAUCGAUUCUCCUCCUCCUCCGCCUCCUCCGCGGUGGCGGCGGCGGCGGCGCAGAACAGCCUGGCCCUCGUGAAGGAUGCGCGGACGGGCGACAAGCCUUUCACGUGCGAGCUGUGCAAGCGAGCGUUCUCCGCGCGCGGGUACGCGAACGCGCGGACUCACGGCGGCGGAGAUCGACCGUACACGUGCGACGCGUGCAGGAACGCUUUCUCGUGCCUCGGAAACCUGAAGACGCACUUCGACAACAGCGUCGGCGGAAAGACGCACUACGACGGCGUCGGCGUCGGCGGGGAGCGGGUGUACAAGUGCGAGCUGUGUGAGCGGACCUUCGCGAAGGCCUGCGACCUGAGCGCGCACCUGCGCACGCACACGGGGGAGAAACCGUACCGCUGCGACUCGUGCGAUCGCUCCUACUCGAAGCGCGGCGACCUGACCGUGCACGUGCGCACGCACACGGGCGAGAAACCCUACAAGUGCCACCUGUGCGAGCUGGCGUUCGCGCGGCCCGGCGGACUCCAGGUGCACCUCCGGACGCACGCCUGCGAGAAACCGCACAAGUGCCACCUCUGCGAGCUGGCCUUCUCCUCGCAGGGCGGUUUACAACGGCACGUGCGCAGCCACAGUGUCGAAAAACCGUACAAGUGCUACGUGUGCAAGCGUGCGUUCUGCACGCAGGGCGGGUGGCAGCGGCACAUACGCACGCACGCCGUCGAGCGGCCGUACAAGUGCGAUCUCUGCGACCGGGCGUUCGCGAAGCGCGGCGACCUCAACGUGCACAUGAGGACGCACACGGGCGAAAAGCCGCACAAGUGCGAGACGUGCCAGCGCGCAUUCUCGCGCCGCGGCGAUCUCAACACGCACAUACGGACGCACACGGGCGAAAAGCCGUACGCGUGCGAGCGGUGCAAGCGAGCGUUCACGCGCCGCGGCAGCCUCAACACGCACAUCCGGACGCACACGGGCGAAAAACCGUACAAGUGCGAGCUGUGCAAGCGAGCUUUUGCGAAGCAAGGGGACCUGAUGAUACACAUACGGACGCACGCUGCCGCCGGCGGCGAAAACAGUUCCAACGUGACGUACGUGAAGGAUCUUCCGCUCAGCGAUGACAUGUGGUACAGCUUUGCUUAGCGAAAGAAAGCGAUGACGCGUGGUACAGCUUUGCUUAGCGAAAGAAAGCGAUGACGCUUGGUACAGCUUUGCUUAGCGAAAGAAAGCGAUGACGCGUGGUACAGCUUUGCUUAGCGAAAGGAAGCGAUGACAUGUGGUACAGCUUUGCUUAGCGAAAGGAAGCGAUGACGUGUGGUACAGCUUUGUUUAGCGAAAGAAGGCGAUGACGCGUGGUGCAGUUUUGCUUAGCGAAAGGAAGCGAUGACGCGUGGUACGACGUUGCGAAUGCGCCGCCGUGUGUGCUCGAACAAACUCGGUGCUUCUUUUAAGAUAAUAGUUUAAAAAUUAUUUCAGUGUCAAUCAUCGUUUAAAAUUGCUAUUAUAUCAUCACGAAAUCUGACGAAAAUGUAUAUUCCAAGAUAGACUACAUCGGAUUCCGUGAUAUUCCAAGAUAACCUAAUUUGCAGUGCUUCUUAAACUAUUUCAGUGUCAUUCACUGAUUCAGCCUCAAGUCUUCAUCACAAAAUUUCGUUGACCCGCAACUAAAUUUCCGUAUGUUUUUGGUUAUUUUCAUUCAUUCCAAAAUAAUUUCAAUUACGCUUGGGUGAACCCUUCACCAGUUUAAGAAGCACUGCAGUUUAAGUUUCUCUCAGCAAGUACUGCUUGUGUACUGCCGGCUCUUAGUUUCUGCGAAGCAUACUAGCUGUCUAAAGCCUAGCGCAGACUUGCGACUUGGUUGCUCGUCGCUGCAACCUGCAACCACGUGCGAUCGGUCACACGCU